AUGGCCUAUGCAAACCCACUUGGUCUGUUUCGCUGUUGUCUGCGCCGCCGCUUUUCCGCUUCUAUCGAUCCCGUCGAAACCCCUCUUCAGCUCGCCGUCAGGUCCGCAGUCCAAUCCGGCGACCACAUCAGCAUUCCACGUCUCCUCAGUCACUCUUCUCACUCUAGCCCUAACCCUAAUGCCUUCUCCUUUCUCAUUUACCUGCCCCCGACUCUCGCCGCUGCCACCAUCGCUGAUCUGCUUUCCUCUUUCAACACCGUCCGACCACGCUCCAUCCCAUUCCCCGCCUACGCCGACCUCCUCUCCCUCACCCUUCCCAAUCCUAUCCCGAGCAGCAAUCCCCCCUCCUCCAUCCGCCUCCCUUCUUCGCUCGCCGUCCUCCAGCUGGUUCUUCGCUCCGGCAUCCCCCCUCCCCGGGAGACCCGCCUCGCGCUCCCCCUCAAUUGGAUCGCAGUCCGUCACCGCUGUUCCGUCGCUGGCAUCAUAUCCUCUCUGCGCCCCCUUGGCUUCCGCGCACCGGACCUCAACACCCUCAACUACCUCAUCUCCUCCCUCUGCGCCUCCCAGGAAACUGAGGAAGCCGCCUCCGUCCUCCGAGGCAUGUCCGCCGCCGGCAUCGAUCCUGACUCCGGGAGUUACUGCGAGGUCAUCGAAGCGAUGGACGGGGAGGCAGCGCCAAAGCUCCUUGUGGAGAUGGUGGUGCGGAGGGGGAUGGCGCCACGGAAGGGGACGGUGGCGCGGGUGGUGGAGGCGAUGAGGGCGGAGGGGAAGGCAGGGCAGGCGGCGGAUCUGGUGAGGGUGUUGGAGAGGUCAGGGUGCGCCGUGGGAUUCGAGGCGUACGAGGCGGCGGUGGAGGGGUGCUUGAAGAGCCGAGAAGUGGUGGCGGCGGCGCGGGUUGUGGCGGAGAUGGCGGCAAAGGGGUUUGUCCCUUACAUUGGGGUGCGGCAGAGGGUGGUGGAGGGGCUGUCAUCGAUCGGGCAGACCGAACUCGCCGCCGAGGUCAGGAGGCGGCUCGCCGAGAUCCGCUCGUGA